AUGAAGUGUUGUAGGUUUGUUGCAGUGGAUUUGAUGAGUCUUCUGAUCACACUCGCUUCCACUGAGGCGGCUGGUGAAUGUGGUCGCAUGACUAUUGGUCAAGCCGCGGCUAGCCUAACCCCGUGUUUGCCUGCCACAAAGAACCCGCGGGGUAAGGUUCUACCCGUUUUCUGUUCCAAAGUUGGUGCUCUUAUUAGAACCAAUUCUCGUUGCCAUUGUGCUGCCAUGCUCUCUCCUUUAGCCAAGAGAUCUGGAAUCAGUCCUGGAAUCGCAAUAGGUGUUCCCAAAACGCUGUAA